CUUCUUUUAGCCCUGGUGAAUGGGGGAGAUCACCCGUUACCAGGUAACUCCAGUGACAUCGCUCUAGUCACCUAGCAACCUUGCCCUCAUCACCCAACUGUUCCUUGGGGUAUUGGCUUCCCGUUGCCAUGGAGAAUUGGGGGUCAAUACAAAGAAUGUCUGGAGGGGCAAGUGAGCCCUCAGCCCUGCAACGGGAAACAAGUUGAGAGAAGAAAGCAGGUCUCCCCUUGGAUGAGGUAUUCCUUUCCCUUUUCUUGCGGACUUGCGGGUGUGAGGUUGCUUCAGCGGCCCCUCAUGCAAAGAAGAGACAGCAAUGGCCCAAAUGCUGGAUUUGACCCUCUGUCCUCAAGAUGCUCCUCCUGUCUACGCCUCUCCGGCGGCCCUCAUCCCGCUGGAGCCCAGAAAAGUCAUGCUGUCUGGAGUGAAGCAUCACAUCUAUCACCCCCGCUUGCCGACGCUAAGGCAGAUGGAUAUGGACACCGCGGCCUUCAAGCUCACAGACGAGCAUUGCAGGACAACCACCACUUGCUGCAAAGAUGAUUUUGAAAAUGCAACGUUCACUUUGGCUGGAGUGCCCACCCAGCGCCUCCCAUCCCUGGGUAUGACGGAGCUGGGCAAGUCAUUGACUGAAAAGUACCGAGCAGGGAAGAUGGCGCCUCUCUUGCCCAGCACCAACCAGGAAGAAUGGCCCAGCUACACCAGGGCUAUGGACGACUGGUCUCGCUUUGUCUCCAGUGCAGGAGAGUUCAAGGUGCCCAACUUUAGCAAAAAAGUUCUUGGGUUCAGCUGUUAUGCCGUGAGGUACUUAAAACCUGACGUCACGCAGACCUGGCGGUAUUGCCUCAACCAGAACCCAAGUUUGAGUAGAUAUGGACCAAAGCCCAUGCCUUACAACACUGUCAAUACCUACAGGAGCUUUGGAUCAGCACACAGCCGCUCUCACUAUCUCCAACCCUGGCGCUAGGAGACAGGCCACAGAAAAAGAAGCCACAUGAAUCUUCUCCUUCAGCUUUUGAACAUCCACAGGGAAUAAAUGCUAUUGGUUCAACAAGGAAGGUGCAGAGAAGGCGUUUCCUGGUCAAAUAAAAUACACUUCAAAGUGGGGGAUGAGGAAAUAGGAGGGGAGCAGCAAGGAUAGCUAGUUCCCCCCACCCCAAAACUGCCUUGGCCUUCUUCCCAGCAUGCUACAGCAAAGUGGUUCACAACGAAGAGACUGCUGGCCAGCCUUCACUGAGCAUGUCUUACCAGAUUCAGGAGGUGCCAUCUUUGGUUCUUUGCAGCCAUCAAACCUGUUGGCCCAGAGCUUUUCAAUGUAUUGCUGCAACAAAAUGAAUUGUGGGACUUAAAAGGGAAAGCAUUGUCAGUGGCCAGAGAAUGGGUGAUCCAUUGAAGUCCCUGAUCACAGAACUUUCAGGUUCAGAGAGAGCACUACUACCUGGUAAGGGAUGCAUUUUUUGAGGUAAAGGACAGGAAGGGGGAGCAGAUGGAAAUGUCUCUUUGUAGCUCCUAUCCCCCAGUUUGCAGUCUCAGUGCUAUAUGGAGUGGUUCUGUUGUGAUGUUAGAAGUGAGGGGAGGCGAUUUCUGGCCUCUGUACAGCCCAAUCCUGAAGGGCUCCAUCACACAAAGUCAGUUAGUCUAACCUUCACCUGUGCCUAAAGGGCAAAUACAGGGAGCCAGAGCAAAGGAUGGUGCAGGCUGACUUGGCAGCAGCCUGGCUGCACUCCUAAGAGGCAGAAGGAAGCAGGAGGGCUCCUUCAUCCCUCCUCCUGGCUCCCCUUACUUUAUCCUGGCAAUGCAAGUGGAGCAGAAGACCUCGGGCCAAGCCCCCUGCCCCCAGCUGAAGCCUUCGGCCUCCGCAGGGCUAAGAGGCAUGCUUAGACUUACAAACAUACCUCAGCCAGUUCCCAGGAUGGCGUGGAAUGUUCAACAUUUUGCAAUGAGAGGAAGUACAAGGGGCCUGCGUGUUGCGAGCCCACAGAACAUCCCAGGCAGGUGCUGGAUGGGGCCUGCAGGAGCUUCUGGUUUUUGUUUUGUCAUGGUAGGCUAGAAGAAUGAGGCAUCCUCAGAAAGUGACCCCCCUCCCUUCCCAGAGAACAUUUCAUGUCCUCACCAGUGAUACCAGUAUAAGCCACAGAUCCGCAUGCACUUCUGUUUAAUGGCAAGUAGAGUUGGGACACGGGUGGCGCUGUGGGUUAAACCACAGAGCCUAGGACUUGCCGAUCGCAUGGUCGG